AUGUUUGGUCCUUCAUCGCCGUUGAUCGAGAAUUACUUGAGGAAAGCGAGAUUUUGGCACAUGGCCACAAUAGGCCGGGCGUGCAAGUUGGACCCGAAACUAAUCAGCGCAUUGAUAGAGAGGUGGAGACAUGAGACGCACACUUUUCAUCUUCCAUGCGGAGAGUGUACUAUCACUCUGGAAGACGUGCAUUUGCAAUUGAGAUUGCCGGUAGAUGGGUACGCAGUUACCGAGUCCGCAUCAUCUACUGAUUGGGGAGCUGUAUGCUACGAGCUUUUGGGUGUUAUACUGGAUAAUAUUAACGGAGGUCAGAUCGAGAUGGGAUGGUUACGAGACAUAUUCCCGAAGCCGGAUAAUGAUUCGAUUGAACUCGAAAGACUACGUUAUGCUCGGGCAUACAUUCUUGAGAUGAUUGGAGGUUAUCUGAUGUCGGACUUGUCAUGA